GUGGAUUCUCAUGGUGGACAAUAUUGUGUAUAACCAUUGGCUCAAUAGUGGGAGUUAGUCUGGGCUUGCUAUGCUGCAUCUAUGUGGCUACACUUCAUGAAAAUGACCUGUGGUUUUCCAAUAUAAAGGAAGUCGAGCGUGAAAUCUCCUUCCGUACAGAAUGUGGCCUUUAUUACUCCUACUACAAACAGAUGUUGAAGGCCCCUUCUGUACAGCAAGGUCUUUAUGAGCUUAUUCAUGACAACACUACUGAAUCCAAGAGGACAAUUAACAUCCUACAACGUAUGAACAUCUACCAGGAAGUGUUCCUUAGCAUUUUGUACAGAAUUCUUCCCAUCCAGACCUACUUGGAGCCAAUUUAUUUCUACAUCUACACAGUGUUUGCUUUGCAGACAGUGUAUGUCUUCGCUCUCUUUAUCACUAGCUGGUUACUCAGUGACUCAUGGCUGGCUGGGGCCCUCAGUGGAGUCUGGUACAUUCUGAACAGAGUGGACACCACACGUGUGGAGUUUACCAUCUCUCUAAGGGAGAACUGGUCAAUACCUUUCUUUGCCCUUCAGGUGGCUGCCAUAACCUGCUACUUAAGGCCACAGCUAAAACCUAUUCACCAGAGGGUGGUGCUGUGGCUGGUGUUCGUCUCCACUUUCUGCUUCUGUUUGACAUGGCAAUUCAAUCAGUUUGUCCUGCUGGUGCAGGCCCUUAUAAUCUUUACUCUGGAUUGCCUGGACUUCUUCACAGCGGAACAGGUGGUCUCUCUGUACCUGAUGCAAGUGAUGAGUCUGUUAUUGGUGUGGCUACUGCAGUUUUGCAAUUCUAUGAUUCUGGGUUCUCUGGUACUCAGUUUCAUUGUAUCUGUUCUCUUCAUCAAACACUUCCAGACGGGACUAAAGACGGGCAGCUUUGUUAUACGAGUGGGAAAACUGGCUCUUCACACACUUCUAGUCCUCACAUUAACUUUCACCAUCAAUUAUUCAGCCAAGAAAAUACUCCAACUGAAAUCGGAUGAGCACAUCUUUAAGUUCAUAAAGGCCAAGUUUGGCUUUGGGGCAACGAGGGACUUUGAUGCCAGUCUCUAUCUGUGCGAAGAGGCAUUUGGCGUGUUGCCAUUGGAUACAUUUGAGCGUUUGGCUGGCACAGUGCUGCUGUAUCCGUAUCUAUGCACCCUCAGUGUGCUCUUCAUCUUGCUGCUGCUGGUGGCACUCUCUAAUCUCAGCACAAAUGGGUCUGGUCAAGCCAACAGGGAGAAAGAGGACAGGACCUUUACCAUGCGGCCGGACGUCGCUUACAAUCUCUUGCACACCGUCUUCUUUGGCCUGCUCGCCUUUUCCACUAUGAGAAUGAAAUAUUUGUGGACUGGCCAUAUGUGUGCAUUCGCUGCCUUUGGGGUCUGUGGAAAGGAGGUGUGGACAUUGUAUCUGAGAGUCCUCCACUGCAACACUAAAACCGCGAUGAGACUGAUCAGGUACUCUGUUCCAGUUGUAAUUCUGGCGUUUCUUUAUUACAAGUUCUGGCCCAGAAUGAUGGAGGAGAUUUCUGAACUCAGAGAGUUUUAUGACCCAGACACUGUGGAGCUAAUGGAGUGGAUCAGGUAAAACGGCAGUAAUCUUCCUCUUACACGCUACAAGCAAACUCGAACCUGGGGUCUGUAACCUUAGACCAACCUCACGAGCCAGCUUUGGUAUAGUGAGGGGUAUUCAAUCACUGGCACGGAUAAGAGCGAGAGAUUAUCAUGAAUUUUCAAUUUAAUUAUUUGUUUAUAUUAGAAGUGCUAAAGUCUCUCCUAUCAGCAUGCCAAAUUUCUUCUCCAGUUAUCCUUCCUCAUCAUCACACAAUCUAUUUUUGGUGUAUGCUAUGCCCUGUAUUAGCUUUAUGCGAUGUAGCUAGUUCUGUU